CAAUAAGAGGCAACAGAGUUCCCCUGCUUUAAACUCUUAGUUUCACAAACUCACCUGAAAUAGACUCAGCAUUUCUGAUCAAGAAGAGGGAGCAACCAAACAAAACAAUGGAUGUAUUACCUCUAAUGCUCCUGUUGGGGUCGCUGUUUCUCUGUGGACGCGUUGAGGCCCUCUCCUCUGCUAUGGACGUUCUCAAACAGGAUGCACUUAAGUGGGACAUGUCUCUUACCUGCAGCAAGUGGGACUGCGAUUGUCCUUUCAACCGUCAACGUGGUUGCUGUUGUGCUGCCAAUGAGAUGUACCAAGUAGAAGACGAGAGCUUCGUCAGGAUAAAAUGCUUGUGGGAGAAAAUUAUGUCCCUGAAUAGCAGAGUAAAUGCACUCUCAGGUGGUUUCAAGGUUUCCUUCAAGGCCACCAUGAAUCAGAAUAUAGCCAUUGAUAUUCCUGGAUCUACUGAGCGUUGCUUUGGUCCUUUCAAUACCAAUGUACCGAUCCCUUACACCAACGUAGCGCUCAACAGUGGCAAUGGCUACAACCCCUCACUGGGUAUCUUCACUGCCCCUUCUCCGGGCGUUUAUAUGUUUUCUUUCACUGCCUUCUCUUCCGUUGGAGUGGAUGGACGCCUGUACCACAAGGUCCAGCUCAUGAAGAAUGGCAAGAUGGGGGUCAGCGUGUGGGAGAACAAUCGAGAAGAUAUCGAGGACAGUGCCACUCAGGUUGUGGUAAUGGAGAUGCAGCGAGGCGAUCAGGUCUAUGUGGAGCUGAUGUCUGGAAGGAAGCUCUGCACAAUUAUGGAAUACAAUAUAUUCACCGGCCACAUUGUGUACCCAUACACUGAGUGACCAACCAGCAGGACAUCAAGGGAUCACUGAAAUCCACUUGUCUUCAUACAACGGAGAGAAUAAAUUCUUAAUAAAAAUGAUUGUUACUGCACCAGGUCUGUGAUCCUAUAGCUUGAGAACCUGUGCUGUAGUUAUACAUGUGAUUACAGACAGUGAAUUUGCAUCGCAUGAAUACUUUCAAUAUAUAAAAAAUGUAUUUUUGUGAAUAAAGGACCAGAACAGGCUGUGUAAAAACAAAACAUGAUAUUUUCUUGAUUUGGAUGUAAUAAAAACUUGUCUGAGUGA